AUGUUGUGUUUGUUCUGCCAGCUCCCCGUCGCGAAGUACCCAUGGAUUCAACUCGCCGCGAACCCCCCUCGUCGAAUGGAGUUUCAUGACGAGUCGUCCAAUGUUUCCUCUCUAGGUUCAGCUACUGCCGACAUCGCCUGGAGACCCGACCUCCCGCUGUGA